GCUCAACAUGCUAGCUGCAGGCGCCACUCGUGAGGCUGCAGAGGCGGCGACGGAGCUCUUCGCCAGGUGUGCGGACGCAGGCCUCCAGGCUCCCGCGCUCCGCUGCCUGCUGCUCCUAGCCGAGAUCCACCUAGCAGCCGGGGACCCGCAGGGCGCCCUGCCGCACGUGCUUGCAUGCCUGCUGCCUGCUCAGCCCGGACCCCCUGCCGCUGCAGCUGCUGCUGCAGCCUCGGGCGCUGCGUCUGAGGCGGGUGUGAUGGGUGGUGGUGUCAGCGCGGUAGGAUCAGCAGCAGAGGGUGGUGCUGGGGCGGGAGGUCGGAGCUAUGACUUGUUGGCGGCGGAGGCGCUGGUGCUGCUGAGCCGCGUGUGGACGGAGUUGUCGGACGGGGGGCAGCUGAAGGAGGUACUGGUGCUGCUGCAGGACGCGCUGCCCCUCAUCCUGGCCCAUGGGUCGGUCCACCUUCAAGCCCGGGCGCAGCUCACGCUGGCAGAGAUGGUCCUCUCAGAGGCGCACUCGCCUGAGGAGCUGACGCACUGCUACAGCCAGCUGCAGCGGUUGCUACAGGGCGCCGUACAUGCUGCGGCGGCGGCGGAGGAUUGGCGGAUGGCGGCGUUAGCGGCGGCGCUGC